UUCCUCCACUGCUCCCACACACACACGAACAUGGCGGACAUCGAGGAGCGGCGGAGCCUGCUGGGAGCAGAGGCGGAGGACGGCUCUCCCUCCGCCGGGUCACCGGCCACCAGGAGCCCGCUGCCCGCGAUCCUUGACCCCGCUCACCUGCUGCACCGGGUGGUCGUGCUGGGCUUCAUGUGCUUCCUGGGAUUCGGAAGCUACUUCUGUUAUGACAACCCUGCUGCUCUUCAGACUCAAGUCCUUAAGGAUCUGAAUCUGAACACUGCAGAGUUCAUGCAGCUGUACGCCUGGUACUCCUGGCCCAACGUCAUCCUCUGCUUCUUCGGGGGCUUCCUGCUCGACAGGGUCUUCGGCAUCAGGCUGGGAACCAUCAUCUUUUCCCUCUUUGUCUGUGUUGGACAGGUAAUAUUUGCUACUGGAGCUUUGCUGAACCGUUACUGGUUGAUGGAAUGUGGACGUUUUGUAUUUGGUAUCGGAGGAGAGUCCUUGGCUGUGGCCCAGAACACGUACGCAGUCAAUUGGUUCAAAGGGAAGGAGCUUAACCUGGUGUUCGGCCUUCAGCUGAGCAUGGCUCGACUGGGCAGCACAGUGAACAUGAACAUCAUGGGCUGGGUGUACAGCAGAGUCGCAGACCUGGUGGGCUCGCCUGGAUACACCGCACUGGGCGGUUCACUCAUGAUAGCUGGUGUAACCUGCCUGUUUUCACUGGGCUGUGCCCUGGUGUUGGGGUUCCUCGACAGAAGAGCAGAGAGGAUACUCAACAAGGAACAAGGGAAAUCAGGUGAAGUGAUCCAGCUGACAGACGUGAAAGAUUUCCCCUUCCCACUGUGGCUCAUCUUCCUCAUUUGUGUCUGCUACUACGUCGCCAUUUUCCCCUUUAUUGGACUUGGACAGGUGUUCUUCAUUGAAAAAUUCGACUUCUCCCCGGCUGAAGCCAGAGCUGUCAACAGUAUUGUGUACAUCAUCUCAGCCCCUGCAUCUCCGAUUCUGGGCUUCAUGGUGGAUAAGACGGGGAAGAAUGUGAUUUGGGUAAUAACUGCCGUGGCCGCCACACUCUGCGCUCAUAUGAUGCUGGCCUUCACCUUCUGGAAUCCAUGGAUCGCCAUGUCCCUGCUGGGUGUCUCCUACUCUUUACUGGCCUGUGCACUGUGGCCCAUGGUGGCCUUUGUGGUGCCCGAGCAUCAGCUGGGGACGGCCUACGGCUUCAUGCAGUCGAUCCAGAACCUGGGACUCGCGCUCAUCGCCAUGGCAGCAGGAGCCAUCCUGGACAACAAAGGAUACCUGGUUUUGGAAGUGUUUUUCUGCGCCUGUAUUUGCCUGGCCCUGGUGGCGAGCGUUAUGCUGUACUUUGUGGAUUAUCAAAGAGGAGGAGGUUUGAACCAAUCGGCUGCAGCCCGAGCCAAACUCCAGAAAGAGGCCACUUCAGACGCAGAAUGAUGAUGAUGAUGAUUGUGAGGGGAACACACAUGGGUCCUGGGCUUUGGAGCAAGCGAAUGCACUGUCCACCCCAAAGCUGUCAAUCAUCUGCCACAGGGGCAGAGCUACUGACUCCGCCCAGCGCUGUCAUCUGUGGCUCUUCCCACCAGAACUGACAGUCUGACCCUGGCUAUUUAAUAAUCGUGUAUUAAUAGCUUAUAUUAUACAGAUAAGGACAAAUUGCAAAUCUUCCUUUGGACACGGUCGCUCCUCUCACCUUUUUGUCUACCUCUCACUCUCCACUGACUCCUGGGUGUGAGUUAAGAUUCUUGGAAUGUUUUUUUAAAAACAUUUAAAUUGAUGAGACUCAUGUCCUGUGGAAAGGGAUCAAUAUCACUGAUUAAUAGCGCCUGACUUUAUCAUAUGCUAAUGCCACUCAUAAUAUAGGUUUCCUAAGUAUUUUAGAUGUAUAUAUGUAUAAUGUUUUUUUUUAAAUAAUGUUUUUUAUAGUUCUUUUUAAAAGGGGUUUUGAGCAGAGCUCUGUUACUUGCCUUAUUACAGAUACUUCAUUCAUGUGUAAAUCAUCUGUCAGCGUUAACAGUAACCUAAACAAAGUUUUUCUUACUGGACCCUGAGUUCAUAUUUGGUUUUAAUCAUAUGCGUCAUUGGCUUUUUAUGGUGAAUAAUCUCGAAAAGAGCUUAAAUCUUUCGUCUUUACACUUGUUUUUAUUUCUUAAUUCCUUAAUUUGCUCUGUUCUGGUUUUGGAAAUUCUUAAAAGUUUAUUUUCUGUCGUAUAAUCAAAUGGAACACUACCCUAACGAUGAGAAAGAUGAGAUAAAAAGGACAAACUUUUCAAUGCAACUACUCGUGUAAAGAUAAGUUCAACUUAAACAGUUUUAUCAAUGCGGUCUGAUAAAGUAACGGUUGGGUGUAUGACUAAUGUUUCGUAGAAUAUGUUCUGCUCAUUUAUCAAGCUCAGGUAAUUCAUUUUGUCGUAAGCACUGUCCCAAAGUUUUGCUUGCUUCAUCCGAACAGUGCAACAAAGCACUCGUGCACUCUGCUGAAAUGUCACCGUGUCACUGUGGUAGAAUGACAUUUGUCUGCAUGUGUCGUCCUCAGACUGUGGAUGAUUAACAUUCACUACCUCAGUCAGGCAAAUGACUCCCAGUCAAAUUCUUAACAAAUCAGUCAAAAAAUCAAAGACGACGCUAAUAAUUAAAAUGUGUUUGCACAUGAACUGACAACUGUGUCACUGACAAAACCAUCUUGAUUUUCACCAGUCUCUCAUUUGCACUAUGGUGUUAUAGAAGUUGAGUCUUUGUUUAAUGGAGAAAAUAAGUGUUACCUGUUGCUGAUCUAUGUACAAGAGGUUAUAUGAGAGAUGAAAUAAUAUGUAUUGUACAAUCAAAGGAUGGCUAUGACUUAUAAUAAGUAUUUUUUUUUGUCGAAAAACAAAUCCCAUUUGAUAAAUCAUCAUUCGUUGAACAAAUGCAUUUGAUUAAAUACACAUUUUGAAAGAAA